AUGAAUAAAGGACAGGCAUGGGGAUCACAGAGCUGGAGUUGGCUGGGCACAUUGAAUCCCCUUCAUGUCUUGAUCAAUGGAUGCUGUAGACUCCUAUGCUUUCCGCACUUAUGGCUACUUCAGUGGUAUCUUACAGGUAACAGGGACUGGGAACUGGUAGGGAGUGAGAGACACAAUAGAUUAUGUAUAAAGAGUAAUUUUGGAGCAAAGUUCUAAAAGUGAAGCAAUCAGGAGGAAUACUCCAUUGGUUUACAUUGUGACUACUCCAUUUUUAGAAUCUUGCCCUAAUUUACUCUUUAUGUAUAAUCUCCUGAAUAUCUAUAGCUUGUGACAUUAAAAAUGGGAAGUGGGGAGUGUAAACACCCCUAAUCCUGUUUAACUCCUGUUGAACCUUAUUCAGCCAACACUUGCACCAAGUCUUGCCUGUCACAGACCUGCAAAUGCCCCUCCAUUCUAUACCUGCACAGACUAUUCAGACCGUCACCUGCACUUUCUGUACCAAUGUCAAGGGACCUAUGCAAAAGAAUAUAGAGUUGGGUUAAUGUCUUUAUGUUUGGGAUGAGAAGAUCAUUAAUCAUAUAGAGUGUUUCUGCUAUGAUAUCUGUGAAUAGUGCACUCACAUUUUAUAUAGCUAUAAUGUCCGUAUGUAGUGGACUUGCACAUAAUGCAUAGCUAUGAUAUCUGCAUAUAGUGCACAUGCCAUGCAAUCCAACAUUUAUGUCUCACAAAACAGAACGUGGGUGAGCAGGCAAAAUGGGGGCAGGCCCAAUAACAUGACCUCCCAUAACAGCACACACAUAAUACAUAACUAUAAGAAAUGUGUUAACAAAGCAGUUCAUUGUGUUCAAUUUAAAUUUAAUUUGCAAGAACUAACUAAAUUAAUCUAAAAUGCAAAAUGUAGCUAUUUAUUAAAGUAACCAAACUCACUAAUGAGGUCAUAGCUAAUAAUGGUACAAUGUUAAGAAUUCGGGAAAAAAAAAAGUAUAGUUAAAUGAGCAGUCUCAGCACCUUACCCCGUAGAGCCUGCCCUGCUGCCCCAAUUUUGAAUGGGCUGACAUUUACCUGGCUUUCUCAAGUACUCUCAAUCAAUGAAUGAUGCUCAAACAGGGACUAAUUUUUUUUGCUCAAUUGUAAUGGGAGUUUCCACUUCAGCCAUAGCCAGAUCACAGGUUGGUGUUAAGCCAAUCGACAACAGUUGGGAAAAAGACAGGGGACUCUGGGUACCAUAACCACUACAGCAGGCUAUUUUGGGCCCAUACUUUUAAAAUUAAUUUUUCAGUUUACCGCAAUUCACUGCAAAAUAAUUGCAUAAAAGUUACUCAAAGUAAGGAUCAACAAAUAUAUUUUAUUUAGUAAAUAUAAUACAGUGCAUGCUGCAUCUGUACUGCAGUUUGGUACUAGUACUCCAGUUAAUUUAGGAGUUCAAGGAUCUGUCCUUGGUCUACUGUUCACAUCUAUUCUGUUCCCUGGGAAAUUGUCAGAUGUGCCGUUCACAUAAUUGUCAGUCCUUUACCCUUCACUAAUUGGAGUCUCUCCCAAGACCCAUUUUUGCCCAGUUCCCUGCACAUCGCUAAGAUUUCGCAUUUUACAGUGCUUUUAAUAAUGUUCAGUUCACUGAGUCUGAGCUAUAAACUGGACAAUGACCACGUACCUUUAAAGAAACAAUUUGCCCAUGUGCUAUUUUAACUGCACCAUAACUGCUAACAGAGCAAUGUAAAACGUUAUACAAUCAUUUGUGGACAUGAAUCAUUUCCUUUAUUAGUGUGAAUCUUCCCAAAGAUUUAAAAAGAUACUAGUUUGUUAUUAUUAUUAUUAUUAUUAUUAUGAUAUUUAUAGAGCGCCAUCAAAUUCCGCAGCGCUUUACAAUGGGUGGACGAACAGACAUGUUGCUGUAACCAGACAAGUUGGACACACAGGAAGAGAGGGGUUGAGGGCCCUGCUCAAUGAGCUUACAUGCUAGAGGGAGUGGGAUAAAAUGACACAAAAAGGUAAGGAUAGUAUUAGACUAGUGACAGUUGCAGAAGAGAAAUCAGUCAGGAGCUAUUAACAGUUUAAUUGAUACGCUUUUAUGAAGAAGUGGGUUUUUAACGAUUUUUUAAACGAGUGGAGACUCGGUGAGCAUCUAACGGAGGAGGGAAGCGAGUUCCACAGGAACGGUGCAGCCCUCGUGAAAUCUUGAAGGCGAGCAUCAGAGGUGGGAGUACGGACAGAAGAUAGACGUAAGUCUUCAGCAGAUCGUAUGGGCCUAGACGGGACAUACUUGUGUAUAAGAGAGGAUAGAUAGGUGGUAGCAGCAUUAUAUAGCGAUUUGAAAGCAAGAACCAGAAUUUUAAAUUGAGCUCUAUAUUUUAUAGGAAGCUGAUGUAGGGACUGACAGAAGGGUGAGGCAUGGGAGGUGCGGGCGGACAGGAAGAUGAGCCUCGCCGCCGCAUUCAUUAUGGACUGUAACGGCGUAAGUUGGGAGCACGUAAGACCACUGAGAAGCGGAUUACAGUAGUCAAGGCGAGAAAGGACAGUGGAGUGGACCAACACCUUAGUCGCAUCUGGCGUUAAGUAGAGGCGGAUGUGCGCAAUGUUUUUGAGAUGGAAAUGACAGGAUUUGGCGAUAGAUUGAACAUGAGCCUUGAAGGAGAGGUCUGAGUCAAAGAGAACACCUCGGCAGCGAGCCUGCGUGGUGGAGCUGAUGAUAGCACCGCUGACUUGGAGGGAGACAGGCACAGGAGUAACAACACUUGAGGGAGGAAGACCAGAAUUUCAGUUUUGGUCAAGUUUAGUUUAAGGAAGUGGGCAGCCAUCCAGUUAGAAACAGCAGAGAGGCAGUCAGAGACACUAGUCAAGAGGGACGGGGAGAGAUCAGGAGAGGACAGGUAGAUUUGCGUGUCAUCUACAUAGAAAUGAUAUUGGAAGCCAAAGGAGCUAAUGAGUUUACCAAGGGAGGCAGUAUAGAUGGAGAACAGUAGGGGACCAAGGACAGACUUGGGGGACACCAACACAGAGGAGUUGGGGAGAAGAAGCAGAGCCAGAGAAAGAAACACUGAAAGAGCACUGGGAGAGGUAGGAGGAUCACCAGGAGAGAGCAAUAUCUUGAAGACCGAUAUUGCGGAGGAUGAGAAAAAGCUAUUGAUGAUCAACAGUGUCAAAAGCUGCAGACAGGUCAAGGAGAAUUAGGAUAGAGUAGUGACCACGAGAUUUUGCAGCGAGUAGAUCAUUGGAUACUUUGGUCAGUGCCACAGAGUGCUUAGCGCGGAAACCAGACUGAAGCGGGUCCAGCAGAGAGUUGGACUCGAGGAAGUCUGUCAAUCUCGCAUACACAAUUCUUUCAAGGAUCUUGGAUGCAAAAGGCCGUAGCGAGAUAGGACGAUAGUCUUCUUUAGAAUUGGGGUUACAGUUGCAUGUUUGAAGGGCGAUGGAAAUAUACCAGAGGACAGAGAGAGAUUGAGAAUUUUAGUGAGAGUUUGAGAAAGAGAAGAAGACAGAGUACGGAUGAGAUGCGAGGGAAUUCGAUCUAGGGAGCAGGUGGUGGGGUGGGAGGACUGGAGCAGAGCAGAAACCUCUUCCAAUGUAGCGGGUGCAAAUGAACAUAGAACAGCAGAAGGAGUGAAGUUAGGGGAAGUAUUGUAAGGGGAAGAAGAAAGAUGAGAGAUCUCUUUUCUGAUUGUAGAGAUCUUGUCAGUGAAGUGAGUUGCAAAGUCUGAGGCGGUCAAGUUAGUAGGUGGAAGAGGAAUGGAAGGGCGAAGAAGAGAGUUAAAUGUGUGAAAGUCGUUUGGGUUCGCCGGAGAGUGUGGUUAUGAGGGUAUUGAAGUAAUUAACUUUUGCGGAGGAAAGAGCCAAGCUGUAUGAGCUCAGCAUAAAUUUAUAGUGGAGAAAGUCAGAUGCACAGUGAGACUUUCUCCAACAGCGUUCAGCAGUUCUGGAGCAUUUUUGGAGGUAUCGAGUGAGCUUGGUGUGCCAGGGUUGUUGUUGGGGGCGCCUGCGGCGUUUAAAUGUUUAAAUGUCUAGUUGAGAGGAGAGGGUGAAAUUGUAGAAGGAAGUUGCAGAACUAGGACAGGUGAGGUUUGAGAUAGGUAAAAGGAGAGUUUGGAGAUUAGUGGAGAAAUGCUCUAGGUCAAGACAUUGGAGGUUUCUGUGAGAGUGAUGUUCAGACGGUGUUGUCAAUUGGGUCUUAGGUAUGCCAAUGUCAAAAGUCAGCAGAUGGUGGUCAGAUAGAGGAAAAAUAAUAUUGGAGAGAUUAGAGGCAGUACAGAGGUUGGUGAAGGCAAGAUCAAGAGUGUUUCCUGCUGUAUGGGUUGCUAAAUUGGACCAUUGCGUAAGGCCAAAGGAGGAGGUUAGAGAGAGCAGACGAGAGGCAUCAGUGCAAUUGGGGUUGUUGAUUGGGAUAUUGAAAUCCCCAAGUAUACGUGAAGGAGUGCUAGAUGAAAGGAAGUGGGGAAGCCAGGAAGAAAAGUGAUCAAUGAAUAGUCUAGGAUAACUGGGGGUUGGGGGGGUAGAUGAUAGCAAUUCUUAAAGGAGUGGGUUUAAAUAGGAGGACAGUGUGAACGUCAAAAGAAGAAAAGGAUUGGGCAGAGGGAGUUAUGAUUGGUUGAAAGGUACAUUGAGGGGAGAGAAGGAUGCCUACACCGCCUCCUUUACAGUUGGGUCUGGGAGUGUGAGAGAAGGAUUGGAGGAAGGCAGAUGUGGUUCCUAUAUUCAAAAAGGGUUCAAAAUCCUUGCCUGGAAAUUAUAGACCUGUGAGCUUAACUUCUGUGGCUGGUAAAAUAUUUGAAAGGUUAUUAAGGGAUAAUAUUCAAGAAUUCCUUGAGAAGAACAUGGUUAUCAGCAAAAAUCAGCACGGUUUUAUGAAGCACAGGUCAUGUCAAACUAACUUGAUUGCGUUCUACGAAGAAGUAAGUAGAAGUAUAGAUCAGGGUGUUGCAGUGGAUGUGAUCUAUUUGGAUUUUGCCAAGGCAUUUGAUACAGUUCCACACAAUAGAUUAGUGUUCAAACUCAAGGAAAUCGGUCUAGAUGAAAAUGCUUGUUCUUGGGUAGAACAUUGGCUUAAAAACAGAGUACAAAGAGUUGUCAUUAAUGGUACAUUUUCAAGCUGGACAGAGGUGGCAAGUGGUGUCCCUCAGGGGUCUGUUCUGGGACCCCUUCUAUUUAACAUGUUUAUAAAUGAUCUUGAAGACCGCAUUGAAAGUCAUGUUUCAGUGUUUGCAGAUGACACCAAACUUUGUAAAACAAUACAAUGUGAGCAAGAUAUUACUUUGCUGCAGAGGGAUUUAGAUAGACUGGGGGACUGGGCACUCAAAUGGCAGAUGAAAUUUAAUGUUGAAAAAUGCAAAGUUAUGCACUUCGGCGUAAAGAAUACACAAGCAACGUAUACCCUUAAUGGAAGCGAAUUAGGGAUAACAACACAUGAAAAGGACUUGGGAAUUGUUAUAGACAACAAGCUAUGCAACAAUGUGCAAUGUCAAUCAGCAGUGGCCAAGGCCAGUAAGGUAUUGUCAUGCAUGAAAAAGGGCAUUCAUUCUCGGGACAAGAAUAUAAUUUUGCCUCUUUAUAAAUCACUGGUAAGACCCCAUAUUGAAUAUGCUGUGCAAUUUUGGGCACCUGUUCUAAAGAAGGAUAUUAUGGCACUAGAAAAAGUGCAGAGGCGGGCUACAAAAUUAAUAAAAGGAAUGGAACAUAUCGGCUAUGAAGAAAGGUUAACAAAUUUAAACCUAUUUAGUUUAGAAAAACGUCGCCUGAGAGGGGAUAUGAUAACAUUAUACAAAUAUAUUCGGGGCCAAUACAAACCAUUGUGUGGAAAUCUAUUCACAAACCGGACUUUACAUAGGACACGAGGCCAUGCGUUUAGACUGGAAGAAAGAAGAUUUCGUCUAAGGCAAAGGAAAGGUUUUUUUACUGUAAGAACAAUCAGGAUGUGGAAUUCUCUGCCUGAAGAAGUGGUUUUAUCAGAGUCCAUACAGAUGUUCAAACGGCUACUAGAUGCAUACUUGCAAGAACAGAAUAUUCAAGGAUAUAAUCUUUCAAUGUAGGGUAAUAACUGCUUGAUCCAAGGAUAAAUCUGACUGCCAUUCUGGGGUCAAGAAGGAAUUUUUUUCCUAGUUUGUUGCAAAAUUGUGCUUCAAACUGGCUUUUUUUGCCUUCUUUUGGAUCAACAGCAAAAAACAAAUGUGAGGUAGGCUGAACUUGAUGGACGCAAGUCUCUUUUCAGCUAUGUAACUAUGUAACUAUGUAGCCCACCAAAACAUAAAGAGGCAGGAGUAGCGCUAUCAGAGGGGGGCAGCCAGGUCUCUGUAAGUGCAAGCAGUGUGAGUGAGUUUGAGAUGCAAGGAGCAGAAAGGGAUCAAAAUGAGAAAGGAGCAGAAGGACGCAAAAUAAGCAGAAAGUAGCAGAAAGGUAAAAGAGCAGAAGGGGACAAGGAUAGAAAACAGUGUCAGAAGAAAAAAAAAGACUGUCAAAUGAAGGAGAGGAAAAGGAGAUUGGAGCAGGAAGGACAAUUGAAGUGAACCCUCCACUUUAUUCUGGACAACACAUCAUAAGGCUUUGGUACCUGGGCCUGGCAGGGAAACGCUGGACCUUCUCAUCUCCAAAGGUAAAAAAAUAUCAGUAUUAAUGUGUUCACUUUUAUUUACUGAGUGUCAGGAAGCACAGAGUGCCGUUGGGUAGGGGUGUUGCUGAUUGGCUAGAGCGGUCAGCUGGCACUCUAAGCCAAUCAGUAGCUCCCCAUUCAUAAAAAAGUAAAAAUAUUUUAUGAACCGGGAACUAGCGAUUGGCUUAGAGCGUCAACUGACCACUCUAGCCAAUCAGCGGCACCCAUGCCUGACGUCAAUCUGCACUUCCUGACACUCUGUUUCAGAAGCCAAAUACCACUGAGCGACCUGGAGCUGGAGGAAGCCUUUGGGGUUAAACCAUUUGAGAGCGAUUUAACCCCUUAAAGGAAAGCGAGCACCCAGGGGCUUCCUGGCAUCAUAGCAUUUUCAUUUAGGUGAAGUUGUUAUGGUGACCAGAAAUGUCCUUUAAUUUGCUUAAGGGAACACUAUAGUGUCAGGAAUACAAACAUAUAUUCCUGACACCAUAGUUGUGAAAACGCUAUUCACCCUGGCUUUAUGUGAUAAUGGCUAUGCCCCUUCCCUUUCAUGACACUGUCAAAAAGGUACCAAGCAUGGAUGUCAUUACAAUUAUGCCCAUGGUCGUGUAUGGUUGUUGAUUUUAAAUUACUGCAGAUGGCGCGUGCAUUCCAGAGUGCAUAUUGUGAUUAGGUUUGUGGGGUUUCUGGUUGUCUUAGUGUGUGUAGAGAAGGUUCUUCCGCCCUGGAUUGGGGGAGACAUCACCAGCUGCUAGAAGUAGGAGGAGAGAAAGUGACAGGAGGUGUGAAUGGGUUUUGUAUGCAUGGGGUCUAGGAUGAGAUCGAUUGUGGGUCGGAGUGAGAGAGUAGAAAAUUCAGUGUAAGGCAUGAGAUGAGAGAAGGGGCAUAUGUAAAUGUGGAUGGGGGAUGAGUGAAGUGGGUGUAAGGAGAGAUUUUUAUACUGAGGGAGACUGAGGAAAUAAAGAGGAGGAGAAAACAGAUCAUUGCUAAACUGUGAAAAAUAAAAAUUGGAAAUAAUUGGAAUAUCAAGAGCAGGUGAAGGAAGGAAACAUAUUAUGUUAUAUGGGUUAAGAAAGUGCAGGAGUGUACUAAUAAGAGGCAGGUUUUUUUUGUUUGUUUGUUUUUUUUAACCUAACUAAAAUGUGGGUGUGACAGACAAUCUAUAAAUGUAAUAAUGAGCAUGGGGUGGGCAUCAGGCUUGCUCACUGAAGGAAUGGGCUUGCAAAGUUGGGGAAUCAGGCUGUUGAAUAAAGAGAUGUGAGGGUCAGAGAGCUUGCAAUAAAGGUAAGGGAGGGGGAAAUGUAUCUAGGUACAGAGAUGAAGAGAUGGUUAUUCAAAUAAAAACAAACAUAUCAAUAAGAAAAGGGAGGGGCCAGUCACAAAUCAUAGGGGAAAUAGAGGAAUGCAAAUAGGUGAAUAAAACAAUUACAUACAGGGCUAGCAAAACUACACUUUAGCAUAACAGACAAGAUAUAAAUACAAGAAAAUAUACAAUGUACACAGGAUAUAUAAAAUAAAAAUAAAAUAAAUGUACAGGGUGGUUAAGUUAAAAAUAAAUGAAGGUGUGCAGGAUAGAGUCCUAGUGUGGUCUUCCAGAAGGCUACCUUUGCUCACUGAAGUAAUGGGCUUGCAAAGUUGGGGAAUCAGGCUUUGCAGGCGAUCAGGCUUGCUCACUGAAGUAAUGGGCUUGCAAAGUUAUCUUGGAGCGUAAUGUACAUGGCAGGUAAGACACUGCUCUGGGAAAUCUAUAUGACAUAACUAUUUCUAAUAAAAAGCAUAAUAUAGUGAUUACCAUAUAUAUUUGUGCAUAACUGAAUUAAAUGGCUAUGUAUUCCCCAUGUCAAAAGAACACACUAAUGUUAUAAAUACAAAUUAAUCCUGGUGCCUUAUAGAUUAUUGGGUCUGCAAGUCAAAAUAAAGUAAAAAACACCUCUCAACCAGCGGUGUCCCGGUCUUGUCGUGGGCACAUUCUGCUUUCUUCUGCAAUGCACAGAAAAGCAUUGGGGGGCCAGACCAUCAUGGUGACUAGAUGUGUUUCUGGGGAGCUCCCUGAGACACACUGCACAAAUUGAAUUUCUGAGCUAAUUCAGCAACUAUUUCUAAGCUUGCUACUUACUCUUAGUCUUACGACAUGACAGAGAGAUCGGGGAACAUGCCCUGCAAUCCUCUCAAGCAAUCUAGUCGCCAAAGUACAAUGAGGCCUAGCAGGUGCUUUGGAGGGGAGAGGCGGCCGGUCUCCAGGACAGGCGCAAGCAGAGCCCCAAGCAUGUUACUGAUGCUCUGCUGCCCCUCCCCUUUGGACCAGUGGGAGUGAUCCCGGUCCCCACCCAAAAGGCUCUCAUGACCCACCGCGGAGCCACAGCAGUAACUCAGAAGCAGAUGCUCCUGAUAUACCAAUUUGAAAACAAAAAUGUCAAGGCAGCUGGAACAAAUGGAUGUUGACAGUCAAUAAGGACAUGCCCUGAAAGUAAAUAAUUCCAAAUAUUCAUGCAGGCAUCAGUUAGGGAUUGCCUUCUUCAGUUUCUGAAAGCAUAAAGAACAACGUCUACAACCUGGUAAAAACAAUAUGACAAAACCGUAAUUAUAGCCAGUACAGAUGGCCUUACAACAUUUUAAGUCCUGUUAGCAGCAAAAAAAGAUUGAAAACUCACUUGUGGUAGAUACUAUAUAAUUUGAAAUUGGAGAAAAGUCUUUGGACUUCUUUCUAAUUUAUCACCUCGAGGGGCAGGUGUAGAUAUUGUUAAAUUAAUUUUUAAAGUGGAACAAUGUUCUUUUUCUUUUCCCAAUGUUUUGUUCUUUGUAUAUCACAUUAUUACUGACCAACUAUAAGCAACUGUCUUGAAACAAACGCAUCUGCUGUAUUCAAAUGGCUUUCAGUAAGAUGGACCUUUGUGGACAAGCCCAGUUAGGUGUUUACAUGGGACACUGCACAUAUGUAGGGUUAUGUUACAUAAUAUAUGGAUUUUGGAGGCUCUAGGGCUUAUCACACAUACAGUAAGGAUUCCAUGUUAAUGUCAACUCAAUCCAUAAAUGCAAUUAAUACAACUUUCAGAUAAUAUUGACUGCUUUAAAACCGCUGUGCUAAUAGAUUGUCAAAAAUAUCUAGUGUUCUGGAACUCCUAUUUGCAGUGAUGUAUUCUUUGUAAAACUAAUUAUUUCUAACAGUGCCUUGUGAGUGAGUGCUGCAUAGGAAUCCUGACAUUCUUAAUUGAAAGGGGUUUCAUAAAUGAGAAACAAAAUGUGAUUGGUUAGUGAUUUCCAGUGAGCAAUGAGUACAUUGAAUGCUACAGCAAGUAAUGAGUACAAAGAAUGCUACAGCGAGCAAUGAGCAAUGAGUACAUUGAAUGCUACAGCGAGCAAUGAGCAAUGAGUACAUUGAAUGCUACAGCGAGCAAUGAGCAAUGAGUACAUUGAAUGCUACAGCGAGCAAUGAGCAAUGAGUACAUUGAAUGCUACAGCGAGCAAUGAGCAAUGAGUACAUUGAAUGCUACAGCGAGCAAUGAGUACAUUGAAUGCUACAGCGAGCAAUGAGCAAUGAGUACAUUGAAUGCUACAGCGAGCAAUGAGUACAUUGAAUGCUACAGCGAGCAAUGAGCAAUGAGUACAUUGAAUGCUACAGCGAGCAAUGAGCAAUGAGUACAUUGAAUGCUACAGCGAGCAAUGAGCAAUGAGUACAUUGAAUGUUACAGCGAGCAAUGAGCACAUUGAAUGCUACAGUGAACAAUGAGUACAUUGAAUGCUACAGCGAGCAAUGAGCAAUGAGUACAUUGAAUGUUACAGCGAGCAAUGAGCACAUUGAAUGCUACAGUGAACAAUGAGUACAUUGAAUGCUACAGCGAGCAAUGAGCACAUUGAAUGCUACAGCAAGUAAUGAGUACAUUGAAUGUUACAGCGAGCAAUGAGUACAUUGAAUGCUACAGCGAGCAAUGAGCACAUUGAAUGCUACAGCGAGCAAUGAGCAAUGAGUACAUUGAAUGCUACAGCGAGCAAUGAGCACAUUGAAUGCUACAGCAAGUAAUGAGUACAUUGAAUGCUACAGCGAGCAAUGAGCAAUGAGUACAUUGAAUGCUACAGCGAGCAAUGAGCAAUGAGUACAUUGAAUGCUACAGCGAGCAAUGAGCACAUUGAAUGCUACAGUGAACAAUGAGUACAUUGAAUGCUACAGCAAGCAAUGAGCAAUGAGUACAUUGAAUGCUACAGUGAACAAUGAGCACAUUGAAUGCUACAGCAAGCAAUGAGCAAUGAGUACAUUGAAUGCUACAACGAGCAAUGAGCACAUUGAAUGCUACAGUGAACAAUGAGCACAUUGAAUGCUACAGUGAACAAUGAGUACAUUGAAUGCUACAGCGAGCAAUGAGCAAUGAGUACAUUGAAUCCUACAGCAAGCAAUGUGCAAUGAGUACAUUGAAUGCUACAGCAAGUAAUGAGUACAUUGAAUCCUACAGCGAGCAAUGAGCAAUAAGUACAUUGAAUGCUACAGCGAGCAAUGAGUUAACGAGUACAUUGAAUGCUACAGCGAGCAAUGAGUACAUUGAAUGCUACAGCAAGUAAUGAGAACAUUGAAUGCUACAGCGAGCAAUGAGUACAUUGAAUGCUACAGCAAGCAAUGAGUACAUUGAAUGCUACAGCGAGCAAUGAGUACAUUGAAUGCUACAACGAGCAAUGAGCACAUUGAAUGCUACAGUGAACAAUGAGUACAUUGAAUGCUACAGCGAGCAAUAAGCAAUGAGUACAUUGAAUCCUACAGCAAGCAAUAUGCAAUGAGUACAUUGAAUGACCAGGGAUGCAAGUACCAGUUGGGUUGUAGUGUGGGACUGCACUACAUCCCCACAUUGGAUUCACCCAUUAAAUAGACACUUAAUAUACCCAAAUAAUAAUAAUAAAAAAUGUAUUGUUGAUAUAAUUCUAAUAAAAACUUAUAUGCAUUUUAUUAUGUUUUUUUUUAUUGGAGGUAUAUCUAAACACAGCUUGCAAUUGCUGCAGAUCUCCUAUCUGCAGCCAUUUGCAAGCUCUUCUCAUCUAACCCCGCCCAGACUUUAAGUUGCUGUCCAAUCACAUGUUUCCCAAUGCAGCUCAAUGGGUAGUCAUGCAAGGUAGGUUCUCUUGGCAAUUGCCUGCCUCUUGAGUUUAGCUCCACUGAGCUAAGCAAACUACAAAGUAACAGAACCCCUUGCCUGAUUGACCGCCAGGGGAUGUAACAAGGUUCAUUUAUAAAACUGCCGCUUUCUACUUAAAUCUGCACUUUUCGUAGAAUGAAAAAAGAGGACAAACUUUUCACACAUGAAACAGUGCAGCCUCUAAAUACUUUCAAUUACAUCCUCCCUUGGGCUAUCACAGUGGGCUAAUUCUUCCACCCAUGUAGCUGGCAAUAGCCUUGACCUAAUAUUAUCUUAUGCAUGUACAGUAUCUAAUUUCUGCAACACUCCACUUCCUCUCUCUGAUCACCACCUCUUAUCGUUUGCGCUCGUGUAUCCCCUCACCCAACAACCUCAGCCUAACCCCCCUCAACUCAGGAGGGACCUUGAUUCUCUUGAUCUCCAGCAGCUGUCAACUGAUAUUGAUUCACGACUACUGUCUAUCCCUUCCCUCUCCUGUCCUUCACUGGCUAUCUCCGCAUAUAACACUACCCUCACCUCUGCCUUGAACACUGCAGCACCGCUCCAAACAAGCACCUCGAGUAGAACCCGCCCCCAACCGUGGUAUACUAAAUCAACACGCUACCUGCAAAGAUGCUCCCGUUGUGCUGAACGCUCCUGGAGGAAGUCUCGCACCCAGUCAGACUUUCUCCAUUAUAGAUUCAUAUUGUGUUCAUACAGCGCAGCCCUUGCCCUCGCCAAACAGUCCUACUUUUCCUCUCUCGUUAGUUCAUGCUCCCGCAAUCCCAGGCGUUUCUUUGACACCUUUAAUUCUCUUCUUUGCCCUGCUGUAGCCACCCCCGUUACCGCCGAUAGCUUUGCAUGUUACUUUACUGACAAGAUUGAACAGCUAAGGAAAGAAUUCUCCCCUCCUUGCCGUUCUCUUUCUCAACCACACAUAGAUCAUCUCUUCCCUACCCUUCAGACAUUCUCCCCAGCUACUGACAAAGAUGUGGCUGCUCUUCUCUUUUCCUCUCGCCCGACCACUUGCCCACUCGAUCCUGUGCCAUCUCACCUUAUUAGAUCUCUCUCCACUUGUCUCGUGCCUUCCUUAACACACAUCUUCAACUGCUCUCUCUCUUCUGGCAUUGUCCCUGCUGACCUUAAACAUGCCACUGUAGUACCUAUCCUAAAAAAAACAUCCAUCCACCCAUCCACCCUCUCUAUCAUCCCAUAUCUCUGCUCCCUUUUUCCUUAAAGCUUCUGGAAAGACUUGUCUUUACCUGUGUGUCUCAUUUCCUCAAUUCCAACUCUCUCCUUGACCCUCUUCAAUCUGGCUUCCGCCCUCUCCACUCUACUGAGACUGCGCUUAUCAAAGUUACUAAUGACCUAAACGCAGCUAAAUCCAAAGGCCACUACUCCAUACUAAUUCUUCUUGACCUCUCUGUGACCUUUGACACCGUUGAUCAUGCUCUCCUUCUUCAAACUCUUCAAUCGCUCGGUCUCUGUGACUCUGUCCUCUCAUGGUUUUCCUCUUAUCUUAUCUAACACUCAUUCAAUGUCUCUUUUUCUAAUGAUACCUUCUCCACACUUCUCCACCCGUCCUUUUUCGGUUGGAGUCCCCCAAGGCUCUGUACUUGGUCCCCUUCUAUUUUCUCUUUAUAUUGCCUCUCUUGGCAAACUUAUUACCUCUUUUGGAUUCCACUACCACCUGCAUGCUGAUGACACCCAGAUAUAUCUCUUAUCCCCUGCUGUCCUGCAUCGUGUCACUGCUUGCAUUUCUUCCAUCUCCGACAGGAUGUCCUCCCGCUUUCUGAAACUCAAUCUCUCUAAAACUGAGCUCCUCGUCUUUCCUCCUCCUAAUACUGAUCCUCCUCUUUCGCUCUCCCUUCAAGUUUGUGGUACCCCCAUCAGUCCAUCCUUGCAAGCACGCUGUCUUGGCGUCAUACUUGAUUCUGGCCUCACCUUUGAGCCUUACAUCCAGUAUGUUGCCAAAUCCUGUAGAUUCCAUCUAAAAAACAUAGCCCGCAUCCGCCCCUUUCUUACGCAAGAUGCUACCAAGGUGCUUGUCCAUGCUCUGGUAAUUUCCUGCAUGGAUUAUUGUAACCCAAAAGCCGUACUGCACCACUACAGUCCAUAAUGAACACUGCUGCCAGACUGAUUUUCCUCUCUAGUCGGUUCUCUCACACCUCACCCCUCUGUCAGGCCUUACAUUGGCUUCCUGUAUGCUAUAGGAGUCAAUUCAAGGUACUAACUCACACCUAUGAAGCACUGAACAACUCUAGCCCCCCUUGUAUCUCUUCACAGAUCCAUACGUAUGUCCCUUCUCGGUCUCUCCGCUCUGCCCGUGACCACCUCCUGUCCAUUGCCCGCACCCGUAGGCCAACUCAUGCCUGCAGGACUUCUCGCGGGCGACUCCUUUCCUAUGGAAUAGUCUGCCUACUGCCAUCAGACUCUCCCCUAGUCUUGCAUCUUUUAAGAAGUGCCUUAAAACCUAUCUCUUUUGGAAAGCUUAUGGCCUACCAGACUAACCUCUACAUCACAUACCUGUCUCUUGCUCUCUCCUAAAGGGCAGCCCACCUUAUUUGAAUGCAAAUUCCUAUAGAAUGUAAGCUCGUUUGAGCAGGGUCCUCUCCAACCUAUCGUUCCUGUGUUUGUUUGUUUUUUAAUUGUCCUAUUUAUAGUAAAAUCCACCUCUCAUAAUAUUGUGAAGCGCUACAGAAUCUGUUGGUGCUAUAUAAAUGGCAAUAAUAAUAAUGACACGUCAGUAAGUGCUCUGUUGAGGCCAUGUGUGAUUCCAGCAUCUAUUUUGCCACAGGAUAUUGUCACUCUGCAUCCUCUUUUUCUGAUGCUCAGGUCAUUCUCAGGGGACCCCAGAAGUGACUCCAAUAGCCUUUUUCAUCUUUCUAAAUACAUGCACUGUUCUCCCUAGCCUGUGCCAUGUCAGGAUUCUUUGUACUGUGCAAGAUAACAUACAUUAUCCUGUUGUGUGUAUUUGUUUCUGACCCAGCUCUGUUUUGACUACUCUGACCUCUCACCUUUUCAUUACACUAUAUCUGUCAUCCUUGACCUCGCCCUGUAUGCCUUUGCUUCACCUACUUGCAGGUGAGUUUUUGUUGUGCUUGGCCUCACAUUAACCCUGGUCAUCCUUUAAUUCUCUAUCUAAGAUCCACAUUGAAAAACGUGCAUCUAAACUUUGUCCAAAACUAGGUGCCCUGUACUUAAACAAAUCCUGCCUAAGUCCUUCAUCUUUCCAGCCUUGUGUUUAAGGCUGUACUUUGUAUCACACAGCCUUGUUACAAUGCUGCCGCCCAUCCCAUGUGUUCCCUAAUAAGGGUUAAUAAGUAUAUAGGGGUGUAUAUAAAAAAUACCCCUCUCUGUCUCAUUGGAGUUAUCUUUGCCAGAAGCUCAAGGAAGCAGGCUGAAGGGUUAGUGUUGAACCCGCUUUAGGGUCAGUUUAGGACCCGCUUUAGGGGGGUCUGCCUUGACGUUGGCAGGCGGGCAUUCCCUCCAAUGGCCAUUAGAGCAAUUAAAUGACCUCCAUUUGUCUAUAUAUACAUAGGGAUUAAGGAGAGAGCACAGGUAACUUUUUCUUUCCUUUGGUUUUUACUAUAUAUUGGGGCUGAUGUGUACUGUAGUCAUUGCUGCCGGCCCAGUAGUGAUGGGAGUGAGAGCAGGACUUAUCUUUUUGUAUUUUCUAAAAAACUUCCAUGUUUCUUCCAGGGAUUUGUGCUGUAAAGGUGACAGUGAAUACCCCAAGUGUGCAGGUGACUAGAGGAGGAAGUGCUCUCCUACCCUGUUUGUUCCGUACCACCGCUGCACUGAACCGUCUGAACAUUAUCUGGACAGUCUCUCCACUAGUGGAACCCCAACACCCACUGCAGGUAAUACUGUGUUUUUUUUUUUACAUAACUCCACUAAACGACUCACACAUUGAACUUAUUAAGUGGAUCUUUCCUUCAUGGUGUGGAACCAUAGUGGAGGUUUUGAUGACAAGCACAGCAUAGUUGCUAACUGUCACAGUAUUUCAAGGAAUGUUCCUCCAGACUAAUGUCCCUCAAAAAAACAGGUCCUGUGAUCAGCCCCAUCUUCUAUAUUCAACCCUGCAAUUCUGUUUUAAGACGUGAACAAUUAAAUAAUACUGCAGUAAAAAUGUGAUCCUGAUGAUCCCGGUAUCACUGACCAGGUGAAACGUGCACCAGGUGCACAAGUAGACUCACACUGGAAUUAGGACGUUUAUUUAUUUGAUUUAUUUAUCAGAACUGGUGACUGGCUGGCAAAUUAUUAGGGCAUAGCUAGAAAGCAGCUGAAAAUAGAGCAUUCUAGGGAACAGCCUAGCCACCUGUCCUGCUUGGGAUUUGAAUUAAUAGAUUUGUUCCAGUGUGGGUUACUACUUUGUCUUCGACUAUUUAGUUUUAUCUUCCACCUAUAUACAUCCAAACCAGACAUUAGACUCGGAAUUUGGAGGGCAUCACAAUUGUUUGCCGUUUAAAUGAACAGAGACAAGUAGGACUUACCUGGUUUUGUGCUGUUUGGUGUAUACUAAAUAUGACCGGUGGUGAUUUUUUUUCUUGGGGGUGGGAGGACCAAUAUUGCCACGACAUUCUAAGUUAAUUUCAAAUAUAUGUUAUUAUUGCAAUAUUUGUACUAAAUAUAAAAUAAUCAUUAGUAUUUAUUUAUAUUUGGGGGAAUAGCGACCCCUAGUGGGGUAGAUUUAACAUUACUGGGAUUACCCAGUUUCAACUCAUCUGAACAGUGACCCCUAUAUAACAGUAUAUGUGGUUGCAAGUGUGCGGUUGUUUAACCUUUUUCUGAAUAGUGAUCUUCAUGGGUUUCAACUAACUAGGGGGAUAGUGACCCCCUGGUGAACAGUGUAUAAACCUUUUACCAAUACGUUAUUGAUACUGUUUUAAGUUAAACAUACGUUUUUCUUCUUCCUUUUGCUUCUCCUUUAGUGUGUGGGAAGGUCACGUGUGAUUUUUGUACCUUUGUUUAGACGAUGUGUUCAUUUUUUAAUAGGUUUUUUAAUUUUAAUAUGAAUUAAUUAAAAAAUUAAAAAUUACACCACAUGUUCUACUGUAUUAUUUCUGAAGGCUAAAACCCCUUGGCCCUGUGGUUGACAAACAGACUGGUCCCACAACCCUUUUAAGGGUAUAGUUUUCUCCAUUAAAUAAUACUGAACUCAUAAACUGAACUGUUGAGCUGAUUUCUGCAUAAGACUCUCAAAACUGGGAGAUAUGGAAUCAGGAAGUGAUGCAGGCCUUUAAGGGAGCAUCACCAUAAUUAAUGGGCCAGCACAGAUGGGCCAUAAUUGAUGGCCCCCACCAUACAGUACCAUGCAGAAAGCUCUGUUGAAGCAUUUUGUGCACGGUCCUAGUGCCUACUGCACAAAGCAAUCACGUCUAAUGAUGAACUUGCCCUGUGCUGGUGCCAGGGAACUAAAUCAGGAUUGUAGGACAGGACUGUGGAAGCAGGACAGUUUGGAAUCCUGAUAACAUACUUACCAUAGUGUCAAUGCAUACACCUCCUCAAUAUCAUCGGUGACCAGGGUAAAAGGGCGCAGGCCAGUGACACAAAAUAUUACUGGUACCACCCAAACACCCACCUGGAAAGAGGGCAGGUCUGCCUGAAGAACUGUCAGAUCAGCUGGUGUAGAUAGAGGUGUGAGCACAAAAAGGUCAGAAAUGCCAUAUAUCACAAAAACAUCCCUACCUGUAUUUCCUGAUGUGAGUUAACACAUGUGACAUGUCAUGAUUCCCUUUUAUUCCAGAAGUUUGGUUCUUAAGAGGUUAAAGAUGGCAAAAAUUGCACACUCCGACAAUAAGAGGCGCAAGUCUCACCUGCUGUCCAGCUUCUCAUGUCUUCUACACUACUGAAAUGAUUUUGUUCAUGCAAGAAAACCCAGAACUAUAUUAAAAAAGUGCACUCAUUUCUGGAGAUAUGUGCACCCUGCUUUGGCCCUGAAACAGUUAGAAUCUAUUAAACGCCUUUAUAAAGUGUUGGAACACUCUCUUCGGUGCAGCUUUCAUUCUACUCUUGUGAAUGCGUUGUUACUGAUGACUUGUGUCCUAUUAGAUAUUUCUCAUAGAAAAGCGCUGGGACAACAAUGCUUCUCUAUUAGAAUCAACCAUAAAACCUAUAGUUCAAAGUGAGUGAGGUAGGGAAUGGAGGUGUUGCUAAGGGAGUUAUUAAAACAUGUCUGCAGGGAAAUGCAGCUAACCCCUACAGCACUUCAGUUAGCUAAAGUGCAUAGUGGACUAGGCUGUCCAUUUAAUGUAGUGUAGCGGUUAAUGGUCAAUGUCAGGAUAGGGUAGGGUAGGUUUUAAUUUUUUGUGAUAGGGUUAAUAGUGUAGAGCGGUGUUUCGCGGAGAACACAAAUGGGAUUCCGCCGUAAUUUCGGCAAACAAAAUGGCCAUCACGAUUUGGCCUGGUCAGGUGCCGCUGAUAAUUGAGGCGGGCGGCGAGGGAGCACUCUCCCCUGCUCAGCUCCCUCACGUGCAUCGCAGGAUUCUGGAGCCGGAAUAUGACGUCACUCCUGCCCAGGCACCACUAAGAGGCGCACCAGGAAGCUGAGCAGAAAGAUCACUGCUUCCUUGCCGCCCGCACGCCAGCCGCUCAGCCCCACUGGACCCCAGGGACUGCACGCCAGCCGCUCUGCUUAGCAGCCCCACUGGACCCCAGGGACCUCACACCAGCCACUCAGUCCAGCAUCCCCACUGGACCCAAGGGAAAUAGAAACUCCAUGCCAGCAUUCUCAAAGGUAGGGAGGCUGGGUGGAGUGAAAUUUUAAAAAAACAAAUAAAUUGUGUGUGUGUCUGUUAAUGAGUAUGUGUGCUUGUCAGUGAGUGUGUGUGUGUGUGCUUGUCAGUGAAGGUGUAUGUCUGCCAGUGUAUGUCUGUGUGUAAGUAUGUGUGUGUGUGUCAAUACGUCUGUCAAUGUAUGUGUCUGUGUGUGUUUCAAUAUUUCUGUUAGUAUAUGUCUGUGUGUGUGUCAGUAUAUCUGUCAGUGUAUGUGUCUGUGUGUGUCAGUAUGUCUGUAUGUGUGAAUGUCUGUCUGUGUGGGUCAUUACAUCUGAAUGUGUCAAUAUGUCUGUCCGUAUAUAUAUUUGUGUGUCAGUAUGUAUCUGCAAAUGUGUCAAUAUGACUGUGUGUGUGUAUGUGUCAGUAUGUCUGUCAGUGUAAAUGGCUGUGUAAGUAUGUUUUGAAUCUCUCUACUUUAGUUCCCCACUGCAUUGUGCCAAAACGUGUAAUUGGGGAGGGGGUGGAAGAAAGGGCACAGGGGCCCAAGAACAUAACAUCUAUAACAUAUUUAAUUUAUAUAAUAAAACUUCAAAAGCCCUUUUCUUAAAUUUGUUUAGUAGAUAACUUCAUUAUUUGCUAUCCUUAUGUGUGAUUGCCAUAUUUAAAAAUAUCAACUUAGGGAGCUAUCUAUUAUAGAUAUAAUGUAACUUAUUCCUGUCUUCUAUCCACAUUGUGCAGGUCAUCUCAUAUGAGCAGGGCCAGGUUGUAGAAAGUCUUAGUGAUUACUUGGGGCGAGUCAGAUUUGCCUUCCAUCCAACCAAAGAUGCUAGCAUCAUCAUCAAUCAAACACGAACCUCUGACACUGGAACAUACCAGUGCACGGUUAUCAACCCCCCAGAUGGGGCAACGCCCAACAUUGGUCUUAUUGGACUUACUGUGCUUGGUGAGUAACAAUUAUAGAGUAAUUGACAAGUUAACUAACAGUCUCUGCAGUGGCUGACUGGAAACUUUUGGCCCAGUGAGCAAGUGCAACCCAAUGGCCCAUGGUGCAGCAACUCGGCCACACAUUAAAAAAAUAAAUUUAAAAAAAUCUUAUCUGCCCAUCAGCUAUGCAGCUCCGUCCUGCCUGAUGCCCCGAGGCCAUGGCGGCAUUAUGGCAAAUUUGGCCCUGGCCGAAUUUACCUGCCUGUCCAGCUUCCUACGUCCAUCCCGGCAAUCAGUGUAGGGGUUGAGGCAAGGGAGUGCAGCGAUGUGGGCCAUGAGUGAGCAGGGGGACAGUAUCUGAACAGGGUAAAUUGUAGCAGGGGUGCGGCCGUGAAUAGGGAAACGCAGCUGUUUAGCUGUCUGUGUCAGAUAUACCCUCCUUGCUGCCCCAAGACCAUUACCCUGGUGCAGUAGUUUGAGAAUAGGAGCUUUACAGGGGGGUAUUGGCUAUAGCAGGAGAUUUAAGGCUAUAGUGGGGGGAUAGAUGCUGUAGCAAGAUAUAGAUGCCAUGGCAAGGAGACCGUAGCAAUUAUGGAGGGAAAGGUGGCCAUAGUGGGGAUGAUAGUGGCUGUAGUGGGCGUUAAGGGAUUAUUGUGGUGUGGAUAGUGAUUAUAGUGGUGGUAGAUGGGCUGUAGUGGGGAGAAAUUGGCUUGGAUAUAUAUUAUUGGUGGAUAGUGGGGCUGUAGCGGGAUGACAUAGGCUUUAGUGCGGUGAAAUGUGCUGUGGUGGGGUGAUGGGACUAUACUGACAGUGACAGGGGCUGUAUGGGAUGACAGCAGAAAUUUACCAAAGGAAUGUAGUGCAACACAUCAGCAACACUCUGAUAUAGUACAGGCAAGGGAGAGCCUCCAUUCCUCUAUUUAUCUCCCCGUUGGCCUCAGCCACUCAGCAGGAGAAUGGACAAGCCGUUAAGAAAGAUCUUUGAGAUCUUGUGGAAAAUCCAGCCCUGGCAGCUGUUUUAAGUAGGCAUCAGAAAGGUCCCUGGCCCAGUACUCCCCUGGGUCUCUUUUACUUUAUUCGAUUUUACAAGCAUAAGAUGAGAUCUCAUGGAUACGUUUUCUGAAACACUGUAUUCAUUUUUAUCCUUCACAUGCCCAAAACAUAACAAACACUCGGUUAUUGUAAGGUGAGAUUUUCUCCUAUGUUUUACUGGACUACUCCACAUUUUAGCUCAUGGGCUGUACUUUCCACUUUAGACAUCCUGGGUAUAGGCUCUAAAAUUGCUCUUUAAAGCCCAAGAAGCACCUGUUUAAUGAUGUUGAAAUGGAGUGUGCGUUUGACAGUAUAUCUUAUAUUUCUCCAGUUCCACUGUCAAGUCCGCAAUGCUCCAGUGAGGGUCAGAUGCAUGAAGGAGGGAGCAUUCACCUCCAUUGUUAUGUGCGAGAAGGUGUCCCUGCCCCCAGGUUUACAUGGAAAAAGAUCCCUCCUGACAACCAGGUGCUGGUGACGAAACAGGAAGGUGAGAGGGGAUAUCUUCUGUUCUGAGUGGUCACAUUUUUUUUUUUUUUUUAAGAAGUCUGGACAAAUUUACCCUAAAACUACCUAUUUAAAUAUUUUGUGUUGAAGAAAGAUUGUCCUGAGUGUUAAUGUAACUUGCUAUUUUCCAACUAUGAAACAAAGUCAGUGGGUCACAUAGUAAGGACAUGUUGCACAAUGGCAGGCAGAAGAUCAGUAUAACACUUUACAUAAAAAGUGGGACACUAGGUCCCUCCCGUUUAGGUAAUUACCCCCAAUCACAAGACACACUGGAGCCGGGAGGGCAUAGGGGACUACAUUCAUUCUUUUUUUUAAUAGCGACAGGGACACAGCACAGCUCCCAUUUCUAAUUUUAAAUAUUACAAGGGGUUACCUCCCUCCUUGUAAAAUAAGACUAAUUAAUUAAUUAAGGAACAUGUCCUUCAUUUCAUUCAUUGUUUUCUAUUUGUUCAUUUGUCUUUUAGAAUGAUUGUGUUUUUUAACUAACAUUUGUAGUGAACCAGUAAGACAUUACAUUAUGUUUAGGAGAGCAGUGAAUAUCAACUAUUUUUUUUUUUUUUUUUUCAGAUUAUCAUGGCUCUCUGCUUCUCACUAACGUCUCAUCAGAAACAUCUGGUUUAUAUCGAUGCACAGUCAGCAAUCAGUUGGGAGCACACUCCUGUGCCGUGGAACUCCAUGUGGACGUUGGUGAGUACUCACAUGACAUAGUUGAGUCUCAGUUAGGCCUGGGGAAAAAAUAUAAACUAAACGACCCAAAUAGACUUGAUAGAAAAUGAUUUUGAUUGAAUAUGUAACAUUAUCACAAUUUCUUCCCAUUCUUUGUUUUAUUCCCUGUUUUCAUUGAUUUUAUUUUAACAAACAUAGCUCCAGUGGUGGCUGGUGUGAGACCCUCAUCUGUUGGACUCUGACCACUCGAAGGGUUGCAGGCACCAGAACAACUUUAGGUUAAUGAAGCAGUUUUGGUGUAUAGUUCAUGUUCAUGCAGUCUCCCUGCUCAAUCCUCUGCCCUCUAGGAAUUAAAUCAAUUUUGUUUCUAUUUAUGCAGAUUUAUCCAUACUUCUGCUGGCUGUGACUGGCACAGAUUUAAAGGGAAAAAAUGGUUUCAAAUCCUACUUGCUUUAGAAGUUUUUCUCGUGCUCUGUUAAUUGAAUUUUAACAACAAAAGAUGCUCCUGCAGCCUCUAGCAGACCAUUAACAGAGCAGGAGAUAAGAAAUGACAAAUUAACCAGACUGUGCAAUAAAGGAAGUUUAAACAUUAGAUAUUAGAAAUGUUGCCAAUAUGCAGAGCCCUGCUAAAGAGUUCUUGCAUGGGAAAAAGGACCUGUGUAAUACGCAGAAUGGUGUUUCCUUAAGUUGUAUACCAGAGGAUAAAGGAGCAAGUACUGUGCACGCAUUUGGUGGCUGCAGGUGGUAUUGCAUGUGUGUAAAAUUCGCGUUUUGUGGUGUUGUGUGCUUCUAUUGACACUGGAAGUUUGUGUGCAUAGGGGUUGUAGCGUGUGCAUAAGAGAUGGUUAGUGUGUAUGUACAGGGGAUCCAGUGUGUGCUUAAUAGAUACUUAGUGUGUAUCUGUGAUAUACUGUGUGUCUGGAAUGGUGUGUGUGCAGGUAGUGCAUUGUGUAUCUACAGGGGAUCAAAUGUGUGCAUGGGGAAUACAUAGUGUGCAUAUGGGAUGCACUGUCAGGAAUGUUGUGUGUUUUAUAGGAGCUCUAGUGUACGCAUUGGGGAUAAAGUGUGGUUAUAUGGAUGGGGAGGGAGAGAGAGAGUGUGUGAGUGUGUAUAUGUGUAUGUAUGUAUGUGUAUGUGUGUGUAUAUAUAUAUAUAUAUAUGUAUGUAUGUGUGUGUGUAUGAGAGAGGAGCUCUUUGAUAAAAUAUAUUUAAUUAUAAAAUUAAAAUAAGUUUUAUUCCUCCCUCCCUUCUUCGUACUCUUGCCUUUGGCCAGUCUGGUGGCAUUGAAAGCAUUGGUGGUCCAGUGGUGUUUGGUAUCUCUAGAUUUGCAUCUUUUCCCAGUGAGUCCAAAAUCCCUAUGAAUAGUGCUUUGGCACUAUUGAGUGUUUGAGUGUUGACCCAUGGAGAACACUGAUCAAAUACUCUGCACCCGAAGGAUGUGCAGGUAAGAGAUUGGCCCUUACUCUCCUCCCUUAUCCUGCAGAUCUAUGCCUGCAUGGACUGGCAGGGGAGAUUGUAGUCAACCAGGCAUUUGCACAAUGGCCAGUCCGGGCCUGGUCACUGGGAAGGGCUGCCUAAACAAAGUGAUUUAACUCCUAAAUGGCAUGAAAUUGAGCGGAGACUAUAAGCCUAAAUUGCUUCAUUAAGCUAAAGUUGUGUUGGCAUCUAUAAAAUCUUUCUAAUAUGCUAAUACCCAUAUUCUGUCAAAAAAUAUAUUAGUUAUUACAGUGUUACUAAGUGGCCAUUGUUUUUAUAUAUAGUUUAUUUUAUAAAAAAUAAAUUAUAAUAAUGUAUUUGUAUGCUUUUGAAUAUAGUACCUUACCAUUAACACUCCAAUUCAUGUACAUUAUAUUUCUCAAAACACAAAGCCAACUGAAUGGCUGGAAGAAUCUUAUGAGAAAUGUAGUCAGCAAGAACUGCAGUGCUAAAGGUAAGACAUUACUAUUUUAGGUCACUACUAAACAUGUUAGUUCAAUAUAUAUAUGCAGGGAAUUGCAGUCCUACCUGGCUGGGAAACAGUGCUUUCAGUUCCUGCCUGGAUAAGAUUGCAGUGGAGAGCUGUAAGCAGGUGAACGUGAGGUAGGGAUUCAAAGAAUGGAGCCAAGGGAGGAUUAGCAGAAACAGCAAAUGAGAAAGUGCAGGGAUCUAUUAAAAGCAUGGAGCUGGGGAAGCGCUGCCAGUCUUGUCACUUUUCACAACAUGCGACAGAAGCAACAGGCUUAAAUGCAGCCGGCAUGGAGUCAAAUGGAGGAAAGUGGUGUUCGGCCAUCUCAACUUCCCGCUCCUAGCCAAUAUCAGCCCAGGAGGCAUGUUGUCUUUAAGCGCAGCAUAUUUAAAUGCCUGAAAGAGAUACAUUAGGAAGAACCGGUGACUGUCAGACAGGCAAUGAGGGUGAUUCAUACAACUCAGAUUUGGGGCAAACAACCAUAAAUGGACUUGUUUUUUUUCUUUCUCUCAUUAAUACAUGGUCGUAAUAAGUGGAGAGGAAAACUGCAGUACUAAUAAUUAAAUGCACAAACACACAUUUGAUCGGACACAUUUCAAAGGUGUAAGUUUACACACACACACACACGUUUUAAAACCCCACCAGAAAAAUAAGUUACGCAGCUUAAUCUAUUUUUUUAUUGCAACGAAACUGGUAGGGUGCAGCCUCAGCUGUCACUAUAGUCAGCCUCCACUCAUAACUGCUUUGAACAUCAUUAACAACAUAUUAAAGGGGCACUAUAGUCACCAAAACAACUACAGCUUAAUGUAGUUGUUCUGGCGAGUAUAAUCAUUCCCUUCAGGCAUUUUCAUGCAAACACUGCCUUUUCAGAGAAAAAAGUCAGUGUUUACAUUGCCCUCUAGGGAUACUUCUUGUGCCCACUCCUCAGAUGGCCACUGAAGGUGCUUGCUGGGACAGUGCCGCACAGUAGGCUGCACUGCCAUUUGCUGUCUUAACGCUCUGCAUUGAGACGCUGUAGUUUCCUCAUAGAGAUGCAUUGAUUCAAUGCAUCUCUUUGAGGAGGUGCUUUUAGCCUCAUCCCACCUCCUUCCCUAUGGGAAAGUAUUGAAUUGGCUAAAAACCUUAAAUUCUGAUGACGUUACCAAGGAGGCAGAUUGGGGGCGAGGCCAGCGCUGGCGAAUUUAAGGUAUGGAAUUAAGAUAUGUUUUAAUCCCUUCUAUCUGGGUUAAGGGGGGAGGGGCAAGCCACCGAAAUGGUGGUUUUAACACUAUUGUCAGGAAUACACAUUUGUAUUUCUGACCCUAUAAUGUUCCUUUAAAGAGCUACGGUAACUCCCGUUUGGAUUGACUCAAGCUAGAUUUUAAUAACACAUUUUCUAAAAUGGACAGGACUUGCAUGAGACAAGCUCAUAUAUCAUUGUGAUGGUGCCUCAAAAAUACAUUAAAAAAAACAAAACAUUUAUUUGUAAUUUGUCUGAAAACAAAAUAAUGCUAAGGGUCUCAUUAGACAAUCUGUCUUGGAAAUGUAUAAUGGUUUGCAUUAAUGCUGUAUUUCAGCCGACCUGGGAAUUAUGGGCAUUGUCGUUGGUAUCACAAUUACUCUGGUCAUGGGAUUGGUGCUGUUGGCCCUCUUUGCCCUCGUGUUGUGUCUUCAUCAACAAAGUCGUGGAAAGCAAUGUGAUCCAAAUGAUAAAAUGCAUACUCAGGUCCAGUAAGUGUGUAAAGGAUAUUGCUCACAUGGCCAUAUGAACUUUUGGCAAUCUUUAUAGCAUGUCUAAUAUAAAGAUGCUGUAGAUGAAUAAGGCUUUUCUGAGCUGAAAAAUUAUCUGAAGGGCUAUUUACCGCCUAAUAAAUGGAUAUCCUGGUGCACUGUAUGUUGCCUACUCGUUAGAUUGCUCUCUCAGCUGUAAAGCAUAACCACACGAAGAGGCUUUUACCUCUCCUCUUGCCUAAAGCAUGACAUGUAUCCACUUUAUGAUCGAUAAAUAAAUAAAGACCAAAAAAAAUAAAAUAAAAUACAUAUGUAGCAAUUAGGACUGUUUAAAGGGACACUCCAGUGCCAGGAAGACAAAUAGUUUUCCUGGCACUUCAGGUCCCCUCUCCCUCCCACCCCUGGUUGCUGAAGGGGUCAAAACCCCUUCAGUGACUUACCUGAGGCAGCGCCGAUGUCCCUCGGCGCUGCUUCUGGGUCCGCCCACACUAAACCCUGUCACCACGUCCUCCCGCGGGGGAGACAGAUGACGCCCACCGGCGGGGGAGACCGGCAGCGCAUGCGCAUUAGACCUCUGCAUAGGAAAGCAUUGAAAAUGCUUUCCUAUUGGGAUUUUAGCGACGCUGGAGGUCCUCACACAGCGUUAGGACGUCCAGCGAUGCUAUAGCACAGAAAACUUGUACUAGAAUCCCGAAAGUACCCUCUAGUGGUUGUCUAGUAGACAGCCACUAGAAGAGGAGUAAAGCUGACCUAAAAUAUUGCUUUGUUGAGCGGUUAAGCUUUUCUUUUUUUCCACAGCCAGAAGAAUUUGUAUUAGAAUUGCCUCAAAAAAUAUAAAUAAAUAAAAUUAAAAAAAAUAUAUAAUGCACUUUACAAGUAAUGCCAAGCCUUCAAAGCAAGCCAGUAACCAACCUCCUGCUGAUGAGUUGCAUUAACGACAAAACAGCUGUCCAUGAGUGGUUCACUGGCUUUGCUCCUCUUCCUGAGUUGUUUCAAAGCUGUAGUAUACAGCAAACACAUACUCCAAGGAAUCCAUGUUUUAAGUGGAAUUGAGGCAAAAAUGUGGUUCUUUGUUGCUCACUUGCAGAUCCCAGAAUCCCUUGCAGUAGUGAGAGCACUGUAAAAAUUAGAUUUCUGUGGGAAAAGCACAUCUUAUGGCUUGACUGGUGUGUUUAGCAAUGUAUGUGUGUGUGUGUGUGUAUAUAUAUAUAUAUAUAUAUAUUAGAUAAUUUUAUUUAUACAGUUAGUAUUCUAGAGUAAAUGUACAUAUUUAAAGCCAUUUUGAAUUUGCACCGAAAAUUGCUUGUUUUUUAAAAGCCACGCAAAAAAUCCAGCAUUUCGUUCCUUCCGUUUGCAAGGUAAAGCAGCAUCACAAAGAAACAUUUUAUGAGAUUUUAUUCAAAAGUGAGAAUUUAAAUGCACAAAACAGAAUUUCCUGCAAUCCCCUUUGGCAGUCUCUGGGUUAUUAUUAAAAAAAAUAAUAAAAAAAAAUCCCUAUGCUCUUAUCUGUUACUUAGACACUCUGGCUUGUAUUCACUAACAAUUCUUUAUAGUAAAUGAAAAAAAUUCACAAAAUUGGUGAAUGCUUAAGAAAUGCACUGUUCAGUAAAUAAAACCAUCUGAGAUUAGUUUUUAGCAAAAUAAAUAAAAUGUGACCAGAAAGGAAACAUAUCUUCAAGUUUGGCCCAUAUAAUGCUUGAUUUCCUUAACCUGGUGAUUUUUAGGCAAGAAUAAUCUUCGUCAGAGCAGACUUCAAAUUUCCAAUAUGUAUUACACGCAUCCUAAAAAAAUUAUUUACUUGUCUUGAGGUUCAGGGUUAUAUUAUUGGAAGGCUGUAAGUUAUGUAGACAAUCUGCCUACCCAUCUCUUGGAUAACAAAAUGUCAUCUUCCUCUCUGAUGUCUCAUUUAACUCAAGAAAGCCUAAUUAACAUAUUCCCACAAUGCACUUGGCUCCGUUCUUGGAAGCAACAAGCAUCCUAUGCCUUGUGGUAUGAACAUAUCACUACAAGUUACAUAUACCAGUGCUAGGUUUCGAUUUAAAGAAAGUAUUCUCUGUGCCACCACUAGGCCAGUUUUCCUAAAGUGCAUGUUUUAAGAAAUUGUUUCGGUAGAUAAUUUGUCUCACUACAAAAGAUUUGAAGUGCAAUAACUCAUGACUAUCUCUGUUCAGCAAAUCAGGGAUUUACAACCUCACAUGCCCCUCUUCACAGGAUGGACACUCUCUCUCCAAGAGAUCUUCGUGCAACAAAGACCUCAGUCAAUGACCCGAUCACAUCAAUCAGAACUACUAAGCCAUUAUGGGUGUUAAGCAGCCAGGCUGGCAAGCCUCCCACACACAUCCUGUAUGAUAUUCGACAGAGCCAGGUUUCCUUAACAACAGAUUACAGGCCAUCUAGGAACAUAGAGCAAUACUCCACCACAGAGAGUGAAGAAGAGGACUCCUAUAGCACGCCUGAGCCAACACCUAUCCAUCCUACAAAUUCAGGCUUCCUGGUUUAA